AUGAAUGUCGAUAUUUCUUCCUCCCUUGAAGAGAUAAACGAAGGAGGAAAGAAAGGCAUUAUUUUAAUGAAUAAAAUUAAGCAGGAAAAUGAAUCUCUAUCAAAUGAAAACAUUAAAUUAAUUAAACAAAUUGCAAAAUUGAAGAAUCAAGUAGACAAAGCAGUUGGAUCUUCAACAGAUGCUGAGCAAGUUCGAGUUAGAAACCAGCAAUUAGAGCAGCAACUUCUAAAUGCUAACUCAAAAAGUGCUGAAUUCGAAAAUCGUCUAAAUAUUGCAUUAAAGAAAAUCGACGAGUUACAAAAUUGCAAAGAUCAACAUUCUAAAGUUCAAAAACCUGCUUUUGGCUUAAAUGCAGAGUUAAACGAAAAAAUUAAUACAUUAACGACUCAAGUUAGCGGAUUAGAAGAUCAAUUAGCGAAAGAGAAAUCUGCAAAGUUUGCUCUUCAAACAGAGAUUGAUCAGAUUUAUACAUUUGCCAGCCAAUGUUUUAAAUCAACAAUUCAAUCUUCUGCAUCAUUAAUUGAGAAUAUUCUUAAGCUACAGGAAAUUAAAGAAAAAUACAGUGAUUCCCAAGUGCAAAUGAACCAUUUAUUGAAUAAAUGUCAGAAAUUAAAGCAGCAAAUUAAGAAAAUUGACGAAACAUCGCAAAAUGCUAUUACAUCUAUUAAGUUAGAUAAUGAAAGAUUGGUCAAGAGCUUGGAGAGAUAUAAAUCUGAAAAUAUUAACUUAACUCAAAAUUUAAACGAUUACAGAAAUAAAAUUGCAAAACUUGAACAAGAUAAUAUUGAUUCGAACUCAAAAAUUCAACAGCAGCAAGAACAGUCGAUAAAUUCAAUACGAGAAUUACAAAAUAAACAUCAACAAGAAAUUGAAGCAUUGAAACAGCAAUUAAAGAAUGAACAAGCUAAUAACAAUAAAUUAUCCGGUGAAAUACUGUCAUUAAACCUUAAAAUUGACUCUUCCGAAAAAGAUUUGAAAAUAAUCCAAGAAAAAAUGAAUGUUUUACAAUCAAAAGUUACGAAAUGGAAAGGGAAGUAUCGUGAAGCACAGGAGAAACUUCAAACACCACCACCUCCCCCUCCAAAACCAGAAAUUUCACCAGAAGAGUUUGAAAAAGUUGUGAAAAAGAAUACUGAUCUUUCGAAUGAAAAUGAACAUAUUAAUGAAAUCUUAAAGCAAAAGGAGCUUUUUGAGUCCGAAAUCCAAGCAAAAUUAGCUGAAUCUUAUAAAUGCAUCAAAUACCUCAAGAAGGAAAUCAAAUCAAUAACAGAACUCAAUGAAAUACCAAAUGGAGUAUGGUUGCAUUGUAAAGUUCCCCGAGAAAUUUCAGAUUUCGUUCAUGAAGUUUCAUCCAACCCAGCAACGAAGCUUUCCAUUAAAAUUCCUCAAAUAAUAAACUCCAUAUAUGAGUUUUACAAAGAAAGUAAUGAGAAAUGGGCAAUUUCUGCUCAAAAAGCAAGAGAUGAAUUAGAAAAUUCGAAAAAGAAGCUUAAUAUCCUAACAUCAUAUUUAAGUAGACUAUUCCCUGAUGUUGUUAUUAACUUCGAAGGAAUUGCUGAUGAAGAAAAAAGUCGAGAAAUUCUUCAUACUUCAAUUUUGAAGUGGAAAGAAGCUCAGAAAGACACAAACAUGCAACUAGAUGAACUUAGAAAGUCGGUUAAUGUUCAUUUUGGAGUUCUCGGAGUAGAUUCAUUUUCAGAUGCCAGUAAAGCAGUCACAGAAUUGAUAUUUAAGGCCAAGAAACUAAAGAAAGACAAUAAAUUGUUAUCAAAUCAAUUAUCUCAGUCUCUUCAAAACGAGGAAUCCCUAGAACGCUCAUUAAAGAAGAUUCAAGAUCAAAAAGCCAAAACAUUGGACACGAUUCAUGUUUUAGAACAAGAGAAUACUCAACUUGCCCAAAGAAUCCAUGAAUUAGAGACACUUCCUCCAGAUCCAACGAUGACAUCUCAAAUUCAAAAGCAAAAGCAAGAACUUGUUCAAUUUGAUAAAGUAAUUGGUGAUCUAAAUAUCAAAUUACAAGCAAGUUUGGAUGAAAAUGCUGCUUUGGUUCAUGAAAAUGAACAAUUGAAAUCAGAAAUCCAAGAAGCCAUUGAAAGUAUUAAGAAAUUCAAGGCGCAAGGUGAUAACAUGAAGGAAGAUGCUUCGUAUAAGUAUGAUGAACUUGUUACAAAGAUAAAACAGCAAAAGAAACAAAUUAAAUUUGAAAGAACAACAUUUGAGAGCCAAUAUCAAAAGCUACAAAGCCAAUCUGAGCAGAUUAUAGCAUCUUUGAAGACCCGUAUUGCAGAAUUGGAAUCCGAAAACGAAAAAAUUAAUAAUAAAAAUGUUGACUUGCAAACAAGUCUCAAAACGGCCGAAACGAAGUUCGCCGCACUCCUUGAUGAGAAAGAGAGAGAAAAGAAGAACUUAGAGUCUCAAUUACAGGCAAGAUUAAAUUCAAUGUCAAGUGAUAUGCAUCAUCAAGUCGAAAAUGCACAGAUGAACACAGAUUUGGCUAUGAAACAUGUUAUGCAGACCCUUGUCCAUGCUUUUCCGUUCUUAUACAACUCUGGCUCUGAUUUAUCAAUUUGCGAAUACGAAGGAUACAUUGCAGCACUAAAAGAGAAAUACGAUGA